AUAAUAAACCGGCAAUAUGCCAAUCACUCGAAACAGUAGAAAACGGUUACAUUUAUUAUAAUUUGAAGGAUGGUGAAAAGCAUUUGGGUAGCACAGCCCAUCUAUUAUGUAAGCCUGAAUUUGUUCCUGUCGGUUACAAUGUUAGCACAUGCUGCUAUGAUGGAAUUUGGCGACCCGAGCUUGGUUCGUGCAAAUUGAUGCAAGAACAUAAAUUUUUCUGUAAGCCAUAUGCUUCAACAAGAAUACCAGAACUUGAAUACAAUCCACCGCUACGGGUGAUAGCGCUUGAUUCCACAGUAACCCUGAAAUGUGCAAUUGGUCAGCGACUUCAGGGCAAUGGGAAGUCUAAAUGUGUGGACGGCUUAUGGACACCAACCUUGGGCACUUGCGUUGACGAAGAUAAGAUAGAUAAUGAUUGA